AUGGCUCGGAGUCGAGUGUUUGGGUGUUGUGGUGGUGGUGUGGGUCGUGGUGUCGGUGCUAUGGAUGAUGAGAGCCCAAAGCAUAGCACUCACACUAAUCUUCACUCCAUUCCUCCCUUUCCUCCCAUUCCCGUCCCCUCUCUCGCUCCCCUCCAGUGCCGCCGACAUUCACUAUCCGUAUACUUACAAAGCAAAACACAUGCAAUUACUGAGACUCACCAAACGGCCGCCCACUCCCACCUCAGGUGCCGCCCACCCACUCAGCCUCACCAGUGCUGGGCUCACGUGCGGCAUAACGUGACUCUCGUGUGGCAGCCAAUGGCAGCGCAUGACUCGCACCCAUCAAAUUUGAAACUAGAAUUGGAAAAACUCGCGACAGAGAAGACAGAAAUGCAAAGACAUUACGUUAUGCACCAGCAACAGGUCGCGUCGGCCGUCGAGAGGGCCAAACAGGUGACUAUGACUGAGCUGAACGCCAUCAUCGGUCAACAAAUUCACGCCCAACAGCUCUCGUCAGCCCACUCGCACGGACCCCCGAUGCCAAUGAUGCCGCACCCGGCACUGGCAGGUCUUCAGCCCCCCUCCGCGGCUGCUGCUGCGGCUCUGGCGGCGGGAAUCCCGCCCUCAAGUUCAGCGGCCGGACUGCUGGCCCUGUCGAACGCGGGUUCACUGGCGGGCGCCGCGUCGGUCACCGCCAACAACAACAACUCGAGUCAUUUGCCGGGAAUCCCGUCCGCCCUUUCGAAAGACCGGGAAUCCCAUCGCGAAAACAAUGAGAAGCGUUCACUCAAUGUAUGGAGUAGUGUAGUAGAGUAUGAGGUGGAGAGCGAUGCAAAGCCUACGGGCGGUCAGGCAGUGAUGGCUGGGAAGGCGAACACCAUUUCAAAUGGGUUUGGAUUCGCAGCGACUGUGUUGGCAGUGCUGGGGAUGGUGGGGUGGGGGUCGGAGCGACUGAACAUUCAUAACACAACGACUUGUCUGGCUUUGAUGUUGGGGGAGAUUAGCAGGAAAGUAGCUUUACGGGGGCGAAACUCUAUUUCUCCGAAUGAAAGGGAAAAGUUUCGGAACAGAUCUCCAGAUUUGGAGCACGAGAUGAAGAAACGCAAGAAUGCGAAGGAAGAGAAGGACAGCGACGGAGAAAAGAGUGACCAGGAGUUGGUGGUGGAUGUGGCCAAUGAGGACCCGGUGGGCUCUCCUAACGGCAACUCUUCUCCGCGAGAAAACGGUAACGAAAAGCAAGUGAAGAAAGAGCACAGUUCUCACUCUCCGCACUCCAGUAUAUCCUCCAACUCAAGCACUCCCUCUUCCAAACACAAAGAGAACGAGAAGUCGAUGACACCCGUUCCUAAGCCCACUACCCCUACCAGCUCUGGGAGCAUGAAGAAUAUACCCAAACCUCCACUCGGCCCUCCCUAUCCAUAUCCCCUGCACGGCGGACCAGGUGGGCCCGGAGGACACCUUCCAGCAGAUCUAAGUACAGCUGCGGCUGCGGCGGCCUAUUCACAGAGCAUAGCUCUUCAUAAUAACAUCUCUCCGGCCCUUAACUCAUAUUCAAGGGGUUUGGUCGGAGGGCCGUAUCCAGAACCUCACCCCUCCAUGAGAGGACCAGGAUUUGGUGGCGCCAUUCCAGGAGGCAAACCGGCCUAUUCUUUCCAUGUGAACGCUGAGGGUCAGGUACAGCCCGUACCCUUUCCACCCGAUGCUCUGGUGGGAUCAGGGAUUCCUCGUCAUGCAAGACAAAUAAAUACUCUAAAUCACGGGGAAGUCGUUUGUGCCGUUACUAUCAGUAAUCCCACGAAAUAUGUGUACACCGGAGGAAAGGGUUGUGUCAAAGUGUGGGAUAUUAGUCAACCCGGGAAUAAGAGCCCUGUCUCUCAAUUGGAUUGUUUGCAAAAAGACAAUUACAUCCGUUCGUGUAAACUCUUACCCGACGGUCGGACUCUCAUCGUUGGGGGCGAAGCGAGUACUAUAUGUAUCUGGGAUUUGGGCGCUGCUAUACCCAGGAUUAAGGCUGAAUUGACUUCAUCGGCACCGGCAUGUUAUGCACUCGCCAUAAGUCCGGACUCGAAAGUUUGCUUCAGUUGUUGUAGUGAUGGAAAUAUUGCGGUUUGGGAUCUCCAUAACCAGUCACUUGUCCGCCAAUUUCAAGGACACACUGACGGCGCCUCCUGUAUUGAUAUCAGUAAUGAUGGAAAUAAGUUGUGGACGGGAGGGCUCGAUAAUACUGUCCGUUCGUGGGAUCUCCGAGAAGGCCGACAACUACAACAACACGACUUCUCUUCGCAGAUCUUUUCGUUGGGUUACUGUCCGACUGGCGAUUGGCUGGCAGUCGGUAUGGAGAGCAGUAACGUUGAAGUACUCCACUGUUCAAAGCCAGACAAAUAUCAGUUGCAUUUACACGAGAGCUGUGUCUUGUCGUUGAAGUUCGCAAACUGUGGCAAAUGGUUCGUCAGCACCGGGAAAGACAAUCUCCUGAACGCGUGGCGAACCCCUUACGGCGCCUCAAUAUUUCAGUCAAAGGAGUCGUCUUCGGUGUUGAGUUGCGACAUCUCAUCGGAUGACAAGUAUAUUGUGACCGGUUCUGGAGAUAAGAAGGCUUCGCUCUAUGAAUCGUCUUCGGUGUUGAGUUGCGACAUCUCAUCGGAUGACAAGUAUAUUGUGACCGGUUCUGGAGAUAAGAAGGCUUCGCUCUAUGAACCAAUAACGCCGACCAGUUCUGGAUCGACAACUCCGAGCUCCAGCGCCAAUAAAACACCAAAACCCACCACUUCUAUCGGGAUGAGUCUUACCGACGAUGAGGACUGCGGACAAAUGAAGGACGGCGUGGUGUCGGACGCGUUGCCACCUAAUGAAGGCGUGCUGUCCAAGUGGACCAAUUACAUCCAUGGGUGGCAACAGAGGUUCAUUGUCCUCAAAGACGGGACACUCACGUACUAUAAGUCGUCGGACGAGACGGAUCGGACGCGUUGCCACCUAAUGAAGGCGUGCUACGGGACACUCACGUACUAUAAGUCGUCGGACGAGACGGCCUUCGGGUGCAGAGGAGCCGUCACUAUCAUUAAGGCACAGAUCAAGUUGCAUGAGUUCGACGACUGUCGCUUUGAUGUCGGCGUAUCGGACUGUGUGUGGUAUCUGAGGGCACAAUCCAUCGAUGAACGCAACCAAUGGGUCGAUGCCAUCGAAACACAUCGGCAAUACAGCAAUGAUGUGACGGAUGGCGCUCUUCGGCGUCACGGGUCGGCCGUCUCUUUGGGAUCCGUUAGUGUGACGUCUAUUAAGAGCAACAGAGGGUUGAAGGAGAAGUUGAAUGAAAUCGAGACUUUCAGAGACAUAUUGUGUCAACAGGUGGAAACAUUGCAAACAUAUUUCGAUGUCUGCGCCCAAGGGGUUGGGAUUGGGAUCAACCAUAAACUCAAUGGGGAAAACGAUUCAGAAGACACUGAAAUGGAUUUGGAUUACAAUGAUGUGAAAGAACAUCGGAAUGGAUUAAACAAAGACUUGAUGUCAGAGUUGGCGCCCAUUUCGAUGGAUCUGAAGAGGGACGCCAUAACGUUCAAAGCGACCACCGCUGGCAUCAUUGCAACCCUUUCUCAUUGUAUAGAACUUAUGCACCAAAGAGAAGACAAUUGGAAGCGAAGGCUCGAGAAAGAGAUGGAGAAGAGGAAGCGAUUGGAGGAACUCAUAAAACAGACGCAUUGCGAGUCAUCCCAACAGAACGUGAUUGUGAUCGGAGGGCCCGACUAUGAGGAGGGGCCGCACAGUAUGAUCAAAGAGGACGAGUUCUUCGAUGCCGUCGACGCAGCGCUCGAUCGCAACGAACAACAGGACGAAGAGAGACGACAACUGAAACUCGUGACGCGAGAGUUAAACGCUCCGUCACCUACACUACCGCCCCUUUGCGGCCAUCCCUUGUGGUCAGAGAUUGAAAGGGUGACAACCGAUCAGUUAUAUUACUCGAGGCUUGAGAUCGGAGAGGGAGGACCAAAGGGGUGGGAACUGUUUGCAGAGGACGGAGAAAUGAGACUUUAUAAGAGGGAACUGGAGGUCGACGGACUCGUAUGCGACCCUUUAAAGGCUGUGCACACCGUUAAAGGCAUAUCCGGACACGAGAUGUGUUAUCACUUCUUUAGUCCAGACGUUCGGUUCGAUUGGGAAAACACUUUAGAGUCGAUGAAAGUGAUUGAAGAGAUAAACCCGAAUUCACUGAUUUUCCAUCAAAUCCACAAAAGGGUUUGGCCCGCGGCUCAGAGAGACACUGUCUUCUGGUCUCAUAUCAGACGCUCACAACAGGCCGAACACAACCAAAAUACUAGCGGUCCGGACAACGUAUGGAUUGUAUGCAAUAACUCGACUGACAGGCCAGACAUACCGUUGGGCCGAUGUCUUCGUAUGACAAUGACUGUCAGUUUGGUUUGUGAGACAUAUAUCGAUCCCAUACCAGAAGAAGGCAAAGAGUUAACGAGAGAUAACCUGAAGUUGAAUGUUAGGUCUUUCGGUCAGACAACUCGCACUCAUUACGUACGGUACUUACGUUACUUAACUUAUUACAAUAUCGCAAACCUCUUAUUCCGUUUACUCCAACUGAUAUUCGACUUGAAACGGCAAACAUUGGUUUUGAGGUUAUAUGAAAACCUCGAGCACCCAAUAAGUGACCCGAGUAUUGGAGUAUUGGAGUGUUGGUUGGGCUGUUGGCUCAGUGAACACCUGAGUGAACCUGAAUCCCUCAAUGGGCUAAACAAUCGUCGGCCUGAUCUCGAUUCAGCUCAUCAUAUCAUACAGAGCCUCACAUCACACAUACCUUCCAUGAAGCACCGUUAUUCCAAUCGCACCGACCCAUAA